CCACCACUCCAUCCUUCCUUCUUUGGGCCCCACACGUUCCCAACACGAUAAUCAUAAUCUUCUUCUAUAUUCUCCUCCUUCUUCUUCUUCUUUCAUAUCCUGCCACUCUGUUCUCUCUGCCACCCAAAAUUUGCCCGAACGUUAAAGAAACACAGACCCAGUAGAACAAAGAUCGAAGCUUGAGCCGCCGGAGGUCGGACGCAGUUGGGAAACUUGAGCCGUGUGAUCUUGAUCAUAGGAGGAUGAGUGCUCCCAAGUCGCCGAGGAUGAGGACCCGGGUCGGCAAGUACGAGCUGGGUAAGACUCUCGGGGAGGGUACCUUUGCCAAGGUCAAGUUCGCCAAGAACACCGAAACAGGGCAGUGCGUGGCCAUCAAAAUCCUUGAUCGUGAGCAAGUCCUCAAGCACAAGAUGGUUGAGCAUAUAAAAAGAGAGAUAUCGACGAUGAAGCUGAUCAAACACCCGAAUGUGACGCAAAUGUUUGAGGUUAUGGCAAGCAAAACUAAGAUCUACAUUGUUCUCGAGUUUGUUGAUGGGGGUGAGCUCUUCGACGAAAUAGCCAAAAAUGGGAGACUGAAAGAGGACAAUGCCAGGAGAUACUUCCAGCAGCUCAUUAAUGCCGUGGAUUACUGUCAUAGUAGAGGCGUGUACCAUAGGGAUUUAAAGCCAGAGAAUCUUCUCUUAGAUUCAUUCGGUGUCCUUAAAAUUUCAGAUUUUGGAUUGAGUACAUUUGAACAACAAGUGCGGGAAGAUGGGCUGCUUCAUACUGCCUGUGGGACUCCAAAUUAUGUUGCUCCUGAGGUUCUCAAUAAUAAAGGAUACGAGGGUAAAUCAUCUGAUGUUUGGUCUUGCGGGGUGAUCCUUUUUGUACUUAUGGCUGGUUACCUGCCUUUUGAUGAACCAAAUCUAAUAGCUUUGUACCGAAAAAUAUGCAAAGCUGAAUUUUCAUGUCCAGCAUGGUUCUCAUCUGGUGCAAAGAAACUGAUACACCGUAUACUUGAUCCAAACCCUGCUACAAGGAUGACAAUUCCUGAGAUAUUAGAAAAUGAUUGGUUUAAGAAAGAUUACAAGCCAGCACAAUUUAAAGAAGAAGAUAACAUAAAUCUUGAUGAUGUGGAUGCUGUUUUCAACAAUUCGAAGGAAAAUUUUGUAACAGAAAGGAGAGAAAAACCUACAUCAAUGAAUGCUUUUGAGCUUAUUUCUCGGUCACAGAGUUUCAAUUUAGAAAAUUUAUUUGAGAAGCAGAUGGGUCUUGUGAAACGAGAAACCCGUUUUACUUCUCAACGCCCUGCAAAUGAAAUCAUGAGUAAGAUUGAGGAAACUGCAAAGCCUUUGGGCUUUAAUAUUCGCAAGAAAGACUACAAGAUGAAGUUGCAAGGUGAUAAGCAUGGAAGGAAGGGUCACCUGUCUGUAGCCACUGAGGUGUUCGAGGUGGCUCCCUCCGUGCACAUGGUAGAACUCAGGAAAACUGGCGGUGACACACUAGAGUUUCACAAGUUCUAUAAAAAUUUCUCAUCCGGGUUGAAGGAUAUAGUGUGGAAAAAUGAAGAAACUAACACUGAAGGAUCAAGGUCAUAACAAAGUCUUUCUUUUCCAGCUCCGAUUGAUUCUUCUGACCAAUUUUGGCCUAUUAUGCGUAUAAUGCUGAGCCAUAUAUUAAAUGCAUAGUGGUACAUGAAGGCAUGUGAAACUGGGAGCAUGUGGUGAUUAGUGUAGAGUCUGCACUAACCAGAAUACCAGAUAUGGAUCCUCAAAAAUGAGGUCGGGUGCUUAACUAGUUAUAUGAACCGAACCAAUCAUUUCUUUUGAGAAAAUGAUUGCAGUUCAUUAUAGUGAAGUCGGGAAUUCUUCAUAUGCUAUUCUGUAAUAAAGGAACGAACAUUCUAUAUCUAUCUUCUGCAAUUUUAAGACAAUCUUGCG